GGUGGAACAGCAUCUGGGAAAACAACUGUUUGCAACAUGAUUAUUUCGCAGCUUCAUGAUCAACGGGUUGUUCUUGUCCAUCAAGAUUCAUUCUACCAUUCCUUGAGCGAUGAGCAACUACAAAAAGUUCAGGACUACAAUUUUGACCAUCCCGACGCCUUCGAUACGGGGCUUAUGCUUUCUUGCUUGGAGGCAUUAAAGCUUGGGCAAGCAGUCAGCAUACCCAAUUAUGACUUCAAAAGCCACAAGAGCAUUGAACCAGCACGGAUGGUCAAUCCCUCAGAUGUAAUCAUCUUGGAAGGGAUUCUAAUCUUUCACGAUCCUCGUCUACGCGACCUUAUGAACAUGAAGAUAUUUGUUGAUACAGAUUCUGACGUAAGGCUUGCCAGGAGGAUACAGAGAGAUACCGUUGAGAGGGGCAGAAACAUUCAGAAUGUGCUUGACCAAUAUGCCAAGUUUGUGAAGCGCAGUUUUGAAGAAUUUAUACUUCCAACGAUGAAAUAUGCUGAUGUUAUAAUCCCUCGAGGAGCGGACAACGAAGUUGCGAUUGAUCUGAUAGUUCAGCACAUACGUACAAAACUCAGCCAGCAUGACCUCUGUAAAAUAUAUCCAAAUGUGUUUGUCAUCUAUUCUACGUUUCAGACACGAGGGAUGCACACAUUAAUACGUGAUGCCAAAACAAAUAAGCAUGACUUUGUUUUCUAUGCUGAUCGACUUAUUCGCUUGGUUGUGGAGCAUGGUUUAGGUCAUCUUCCUUUUACCGAAAAGCAGAUACUAACUCCAACAGGAUCCGUGUACACCGGAGUUGUUUUCUGUAAAAGUUUGUGUGGUGUUUCGGUCAUUAGAAGCGGGGAAAGCAUGGAGAAUGCUCUAAGAGCAUGUUGCAAGGGAAUUAAAAUCGGCAAAAUCCUUAUCCACAGAGAGGGUAAUACUGGUCGACAGGUUUGUGGAAAUGAUUUUGUCAUUUGCGAUGAGUUCUGGUUUUGGCUGCAGUUGAUCUACGAGAAGUUACCGUCAGACAUUGCGAGCCGCCAUGUGCUGUUGCUUGAUCCCGUACUCGCUUCAGGGUAUUCUGCAGUCAAAGCUAUUUCUGUGCUGCUCAGCAAGGGUGUACCAGAAUCCAACAUUAUUUUCCUCAACCUUAUUGCGGCUCCUGAGGGAAUACAUGCUGUUUGUAAAAGUUUCCCUAGGCUAAAGAUUGUGACCUCAGAGAUUGACGCCACGCUAAACGAAGAUCUAAGGGUGAUGCCGGGCCUGGGCGAGUUUGGAGACCGAUACUUUGGCACCGGUGCAGGAUGAUCGCCGACUCCGCAUCCCUUCUA